CACAGAAGUCACACAGGUGAGAAGCCAUUUUCUUGCUCUGAGUGCGGGAAAUGUUUUAUCCGGAAAUCAAAACUUGUUACACAUCAGAGAAGGCAUACAGGUGAGAGGCCAUUUCCAUGUUCUGAGUGUGGGAAAUGUUUUAUAUGCAAAUCCGAUCUUGUUAUACAUCAGAGAAGUCACACAGGUGAGAAGCCAUUUUCUUGCACUGAAUGUGGGAAAUGUUUUACACAGAAAUCGCAACUUGUUACACAUCAGCGAAGUCAUACAGGUCAGAGGCCAUUUCCAUGUUCUGAGUGUGAGAAAUGUUUUGCACACAAAUCAGUUCUUGUUAAACAUCAGAGAAGUCACACAGGUGAGAAACCAUUUCCAUGUUCUGAGUGUGAGAAAUGUUUUGCACACAAAUCAGCUCUUGUUUUACACCACAGAAGUCACACAGGUGAGAAACCAUUUUCUUGCUCUAAGUGUGGAAAAUGUUUUACACAAAAAUCACAACUUGUUACACAUCAGCGAAGUCACACAGGUGAAAGGCCACUGAUAUGUCCGGAGUGUAAGGAAUGUUUUACAUACAAAUCAGAUCUUGUUAUACAUCAGAGAAGUCACACAGGUGAGAAGGCAUUUCCAUGUUCUGAGUGUGGGAAAUGUUUUGCACGGAAAUCACAUCUUGUUAGACAUCAGAGAAGUCACACAGGUGAGAGGCCGUUUCCAUGUUCUGAAUGUGGGAAAUGUUUUACACAGAAAUCAGAUCUUGUUAAACAUCAGAGAAGUCACACAGGUGAGAAGCCAUUUCCAUGUUCUGAGUGUGGGAGAUGUUUUACACAGAAAUCAGAUAUUGUUAUACAUCACAGAACUCACACAGGUGAGAGACCAUUUCCAUGUUCUGAGUGUGGGAAAUGUUUUACACAGAAAUCAUAUCUUGUUAUACAUCAGCGAACUCACACAGGUGAGAAGCCAUUUCCAUGUCCUGAGUGUGGGAUAUGUUUUGCACACAUAUCAAAUCUUGUUAUACAUCAGAGAAGUCACGCAGGUGAGAAGCCAUUUCCAUGUUCUGAGUGUGGGAAAUGUUUUACACGGAAAUCAGAUAUUGUUAUACAUCACAGAACUCACACAGGUGAGAGACCAUUUCCAUGUUCUGAGUGUGGGAAAUGUUUUACACAGAAAUCAUAUCUUGUUAUACAUCAGCGAACUCACACAGGUGAGAAGCCAUUUCCAUGUUCUGAGUGUGGGAUAUGUUUUGCACACAUAUCAAAUCUUAUUAUACAUAAGAGAAGUCACACACGUGAGAAGCCAUUUUCUUGCUCUGAGUGCAGGAAAAGUUUUACCUGGAAAUCCCUACUUGUUAAACAUCAGAGAAGUCACACAGGUGAGAAGCCUUUUUCAUGUUCUAAGUGUGGGAAAUGUUUUGCAAACAAAUCAGAUCUUGUUAAACAUCAGAGAAGUCACACAGGUGAGAAGCCAUUUCCAUGUUCUGAGUGUGGGAAAUGUUUUGCACGCAAAUCAGAUCUUGUUAGACAUAACAGAAGUCACACAGGUGAGAAGCUAUUUCCAUGUUCUGAGUGUGGGAAAUGUUUUACACAGAAAUCACAACUUGUUACACAUCAGCAAAGUCAUACAGGUGAGAAGCCAUUUCCAUGUUCUGAGUGUGGGAAAUGUUUUGCACACAAAUCAGUUUUUGUUAGACAUAACAGAAGUCACACAGGUGAGAAGCCAUUUCCAUGUUCUGAGUGUGGGAAAUGUUUUACACGAAAAUCACAUCUUGUUAGACAUCAGCGAAGUCACACAGGGAAAUAAAUUGUCUCUUUUUGCACACAAUAGACAUCACUCAGGUGAGGAACCAUUUUAAUCUGGAGUAUACUUAUCAUGGCCAUGCGUUGUUCUUCAAGGUUCUUAUCCUAUCCUAUGCUUUUUGCAAUAUACAUGCUACCGCAGGGUGAAAUAAUCAGAUGUCAUGCCCUCAUCUACCACUGCUAUACAGAUGACUUGUCUUUUUCUCCAGGUACUGAGAACCCAGUACCAAUCCUAUAUGGUUGUCUAGCUGAGCUCCAGGUGUGGGUGAUGCCAGGUGGCUGUGACUCAGUCCUGGUGAAACAGGUCCUUAUGAUAGAAGCUCACCAACAAAGAGCAGGUCUACAGCUCAGCUUUGCAAACCAACCAGAAUUACGCUUGGGGGUUCAGCGUUACAAAAUGCUGAUCAUGGGGGUGAUUCCGAGUUGUUCGCUCGCUAGCUGAUUGUAGCAGCAUUGCACACGCUAGGCCGCCGCCCUCUGGGAGUGUAUCUACGCUUAACAGAAUUGUGAACGAAAGAUUAGCAGAAUAGCGAAUAGAAAAUUCUUAGCAGUUUCUGAGUAGCUCCAGACUUACUCCUACACUGCGAUCAGCUCAGGCCAUUUCUUUCCUGGUUUGACGUCACAAACAUGCCCUGCGUUCGGCCAGACACUCCCGCGUUUUAUCCUGGCACGUCUGCGUUUUUCUGCACACUUUCUGGAAACGGUCAGUUUUUGGCCAGAAACACCCACUUCCCUUCACUCCCACUCCGAUCACUUCAACGAUGAAAAUUCUUCGUUCUGCCGUGAGUAAAUCUACAAAGUUUUGAGCUAAAAUACUUAUCACACUGCGUACCAUGCGCAUGCGCAUUUUUUUCGCAUUAAUCGCUCUGUUGCGAAAAUCGGCAACGAGCGAACAACUCAGGAUGACCCCCCAUAUGCGGAAUCUUGGUGUACUGGAUGGUGGAGUGACACUUAGACAUCAGGUAUCAGCCACAAUCAGAUCCUCAUCCGAGGAACAUAGCCAGACUCCAGCACUUAUUUCCCUCAGAAGAUCUACCUACAGUCAUCCAUGUACUUGUAUCAUCACACAUAGACUACUGCAAUGUCCUCUACCUCGGUCUCCCAGCAAAAGAGUUGCAGCGGUUGUAGCUUGUACAGAAUGCAGCAGCCAGGCUGUUACCUAACCAGCCCGUUCCUGCCACAUAACACCCAUUCUCUGCUCCCUUCACCGGCUGCCUGUAAAAUGGUGACUAUUACAUAAUCUUACUGAAUCUCCCAGCCCUACAUGACCACAGACCAUGGUACCAGAAGCAGCUUCUGCCUCCUUACUGCCCUGCUUGCUUCCAUCUGCAGAUUAAGGACUGUUACCAGAAGUACCAAGGAUCCCCAAGCAGUGCUGAGAUGUCGGAGACAGGGUGGUGGCACUAGUGCUGUAGUGGGGGCUGCCGGUGGCACUGUCUGUGGGUAAUAUUGUCGCCAAGCAGCGCUUAUGUGUCAGAGGGGAGAGAGGGUAGUGGCAGUAGUGGGGGAGGACAGGGUGGGUGGCAGUAGUGGGGGGACACAGGGCGGGUGGCAGUAGUGGAAAGAGAGGGUGGAUGGUCACAGUGCAGUACCAGGGGCUGCUGGAGACAGUAAAGAGGCGUAUGGGUCCCGCUCAGAACCAGUUGAUAAUUAGACUUAAUGAUGAUUUCUCUAACGUCCUUGAGGAUGCUGGGACUCUGUAAGGACCAUGGGGAAAAGAUGGGCUCCGCAGGAG